AUGUUUCAAUCUACACUCUACAACAUCAUCACAGCAACCAUCUUUGCUCUCCUCUCCUCCAGCCUCGUCUACAUUUACACAGCCGAAUCGGCCACUGCAACCAUUGCGUCCGCUCCGCUCGUCGCAGCCAAGCAGCGCCUAACGACCUCGCUGUCUUUCAACUUGCUUAACAAGAGAAUCAUUCACACACCUGCCGUCGCAAUGACUGCUGCCAACGCAUCUGCUGCUAUUCCUCGAACCAUCCGAAAGGCCUUUUUGGCCAGAGAGCAGUCCGAGGGCCAGGGCGCCCGGGUGCGCCGCUCGAUUGGCACGCCGGCCCUGCGCAACUUUACGCCCUUUUUGAUGCUCGAUCACUUUUCCAUUAAACCUGGGGCUGGAUUUCCUGACCACCCCCACCGCGGCCAAGAGACCAUUACCUAUCUCCUUGAAGGCGCCGUCGAUCAUGAAGACUUUACGGGUGCCAGCGGCACAAUCAACUCUGGUGACCUUCAGUUCAUGACUGCCGGCAGAGGCGUGCAGCACAGCGAAAUGCCGCGCCAAAACGCCGACGGAAGCGCCAACGUGGGCCUGCAGCUCUGGGUCGACCUGCCCAAGGAGCUCAAGUACUGCGAGCCGCGCUACCGCGACCUCCGCGCCGCCGAGAUUCCGCAGGUCGACGUCGACGGCGGCAAGGCCACCAUCAAGGUCAUCUCGGGCCAGAGCCACGGCGUCGACUCGGUCAAGGACCUCGCCUACACGCCCGUCUGGCUGCUCGACGUGACGCUGCGGCCCGGCGCCAAGGUUGUGCAGCCGCUGCCGCAGGGCUGGAACGCCUUUUCGUACGUCCUCGAGGGCGACGGCGUCGUCUUUGGCAAAGAAGGCGACGACGCGAAUCGCGUGCCCGUCGCGCAGUACCACAAUGCCGUCUUUAACCAAGAGGGCGACGCCGUCUACGUGGAAAAUGACAAGGAUGCCGCCAAGGAUGCGCGUCUCGUGAUUGUAGCGGGCACGCCACUUGACCAGGAAAUCGUCCAGUAUGGGCCGUUUGUACUCAACUCGAGGGAAGAGGUUGUGCAGGCCAUGACAGACUUUCAGACGCACUCGAAUGGCUUUGAGCGCUCCAAGGGCUGGCAGUCUGAGAUUGGAAAGAGCAUGAGGCACUAA